AUGUCCCAUGCGCGCAAUUUCCGAAACACGCUUCCCGACUAUACGCCGCGCGCCUCAACAGCGGCAGGCCCAGAAGCCGAUUUUUCAACUUUUGCCUCUUCUGUGCCGCGCGCGGCGCUGCUGGGCCUUUUCCAGGAGACUUUUGAGGCUGUACAAGGUUAUCGUACGUCCAACCCCACAAUCUACACCGGCUCAGCAGGGGUCGCCCUGGCCAUGUGGCACGCACGACGGAGCCUGAUGAGGCAUUGCCAAGCGUGUGGAGGAGGCGACCAUGCCGCCGCCAUCGCCGCCGCGACGGCGGCGGCGGCCCCCGUGGAGCCCACCGCCGCCGGCGCCGUUAGCCUGGACGCUGCUGCGCUGGCGGCCUUGCCGUCGGCCCUGCUUGCGGCUGCGCUGGAUCACGUCCGUACUGCCGUCAAGAGUUUGACCCAGGGGGGCCCCAGGAACUACUCACUGAGUCGCGGGUCCCGCGGCGGCAGCAUGCUUGACGGUGGCGCCGGCGUGCACAUGACGGCGGCACUAAUACUGCACGACGCUGCCUUGUCUGCUGGUGCUACUGAUGCUGAUGCUCUGCUUCGCGAGCGAGACUCCCAUUUGCGGUCUUUCCUUGAUGCCUACCCGUCCCUCCCGUCCCUCUUUGUCUCGCGAAAUGAUGGACAACUCCUAACGGCAACGAUGGCUGUCACCGCAAUGGGCACCGCAGCUGGCAAUGGACAGCGAGAACGACGAGUACUUGUACGGCAGAGCAGGAUACUUGCAGGUGGUGGCAACCACAUGGCGCCCAGCUGCUCCGGGCAGUACUAG